UCGCUGCUUGCCCUCACUCUUUUUACUCGCGUACUCAAUAACUUGCUUCACAACGUGUGGGAGAGCGGAGAAACUGCAACACAGGGAAUGAGGAGCGAGAGCGAGACCGGAGUCUCGCCCGUGUUCGACCAUACACCGUAGCCCUACUCAGACUGGGAAGUUUACCACAGUUACCGCUAACUUUUUUCUUUUUCACGUGAUCAAGUCUACCGGGCCACAAACUCCGAGACAAACGGAUUUCUCUUGAUAAGCUCGAAGAUGAGGGUGAACUUUUCUACAAAUUGGAUUUUUCAAGGUUGGAUAACGCAUCUGAUUUUUGUUCUUUGCGCACAGAAGGUCUGUUCUCGACCAGCUGGCUGUGGACAGAACAAGUACCAGAAAAAUGGGAGAUGCUGCAGCAUGUGUUCACCAGGAACCUUUGCUCUGAAGCGGUGCUCCAUGGAUUCAGACACAGCCUGUCGCCCAUGUGGUGCUGACCAGUACCAGCCGGACUGGAACAACCACACCAAGUGUCAGCUCCAGAAGCUCUGCGACACCGGGAAGGGGUUCAGCAGUGAGAGGCCCAAGAACGCCCUGGCUCCAGAGCCCUGCAGGUGCAUCUCUGGACGACAGUGUUCUCCAAUCAAGUGUGAGUUCUGUGAGAAGAUACCCAGCUGUGGACCAGGGUCUGGACAGGAGACCCUCACUGAGUCAGGAAGGAAGAUCUGUAUGCCUUGCAAGAGGGGAUUCUUCUCCUCAAACACCUCUAUAGAACCAUGCAAACCGUGGACCAACUGCAAGGCUCAGGGGAGGACUGAAGAAAAGCAUGGUAGUGACGGCUCUGACGCUGUGUGUGGAGCCGGUGAUUCCUCUACUUCCUGGGUAGUAGUGUCCAUUCUGUCCAACAUUGCCAUCCUGUCUCUCUUCCUCCUGCUGCUGUUCUGCUACAAGGACAAGCUCAAGAUCCUGUCUGGUACAUGCCACAGAGCUCCUUGCCACCGAGUGAAUCUGCGUUCUUGCGUCCAGAAUCUGAAGAGAACCAGGAUUCAGCAGGAGACUCUGGCUCCUCUCUACAAUAGUGGAGGAGGAGGAGGAGGAGACAAGAGUGUGAUCCAGAGCUGUCCCCUGUGUGAGACCACCAGCCUGAUCCAGGAUGACCCCUGCACCCCCUCAGAGCCGCCCCUCACCUGCUCCAGGCCAGCCCCAGCUCUCUCCAUCAAACUGCCCCUCACGCCCCCCAGGCAGGGAGAGGAGGAGGGGGGAGAGGAGGGCUCGUGUGCGUCCCCACUGCUGGCGUGCACGUGCGUGUGUGUGCCGUCGGUGCGUGAGCCUCUGGAGGUCGGGGAGAACGAGGACUGUAGUCAGGCAGUGAACCCAGGGACUCUAGGACCCUGCUACUGCAGAGGAGGCCAGGGAGAGGAGGGAGGAAGGGAGGAGGGAGAGGAGGGAGAGAUGGAGGAGGAGGGAGAGAGGGAUGAGGAAGGGGAGGGAGAGAGGGAUGAGGGUGAGGGAGUGGGGACAGAGGGCCAGCAAAGCACAAGUACACAGGGAGGUAAGAGCCAGUCAGGUACGACGACUCCCCCCUCCUCCCUACCUCCCUCCCCUCUCCUUUCCUCCUCCCUCCUCUCCCCUGCCGACCUGUCACCUGACCUGUGUCCGCCCCUGACUCAGGCCAGGGCAGAGGUCAGAGGUCAGCUGACUGACAGGUCACUACAGAAGGGGAGGGGCCUUUAUGGACUGAAAGACGGUUUAGGCUCCGCCCCUGGCUCUGACACCGUACCCUCUCCGCCCCCCACGGUGACCUCACUCACUCUCACAGCCAAUGGGGAGCCAUCGUCAGAGCCAAGCUCUGAGGCCUCCACAGAGGAGCUCGACCAGGGACUUUCCUUGAGGGCCAGUGGGGGAGACAAGCUCUCUCCUAGGGUUGUGGACUUGGAGUUUUCACCCGAAAACCUCCAGAGUGACCUGGCUGAAACAGCACUCACUUCAGGUAUCAGGGAACCACAACACUACGUUCAUCUCCAGUGGUCAGGUGAUGAACUUCAGCGGCGAAGUCGUCGUCGUCUACGUCAGCCAGACAUCGCUAGGCAACGCGGGGGCGGGGCUAGACAAUGCGUUUGGGAACCCUGUCCAGGAGCAAGCCAAUGAAAACGCUUGGCUCUUUCAGAGUCUCACCUCCAAAAUCCCAACACUAGGGAUCUCCAUUUCCCACAAUUCCCCACAGGAUGACAACCUGCCUGUUCAGGAAGUGACCAACGAUUGGCCGAGGGAAAAGUGAACUAGCAGCUGUGACUGAAGGAUGUAAAGCCAUAGACUUGGGCCUGAUCCUGUUUCAACCCUCCUGGACCCGGAGCUGUCCUACCUAGACCUGACCCUGAGCCCAUACCUUAACACUCUCCUUCCUCACUCUCCUUAACAUUCUAGGGAGCAGGAAACCAAAUGGAAUUGGGCCUGAGAUUUAAGCGAGUUUAGAGGACUGUGGUUUUGAGCUGGAUUGUGUUCGAGUCCUAGCAAACUGAAACUGCCCCCUAACCUCAAGGUAAACAAGCUACACAACAUCCACCUCGUCCAGAUCCGUGUCAUCCAGCCUGUCAGUUUGUGGGUCCGCGUGGGCUAAAAAAGUUUACUUCAGACGAUUUAAUUACUCAUUCAUUUUGUACAGUUUUAUUUUACCCUUGUGAUCCAUUUGAUAUCUGUAGCACCACAAAUGUGGUUUGUUUUUGUAAGAAAAAUGCUGUGCAUUUGCUGAGCAAUACUGUUCUAUCCUUCUAAGUAUCUUGUGUACAUAACUCAAUUAAAUCUUUGCUGACCUUUUGAAAAAAGUUCAGUAGCUUGUUGACUUUUAAAAAUAGUUCUACAUGGACUUUACACAAGUUGAAAACGAUCUUUGUAAAAUGUUUACAUGAUAACUGUAAACCAAAUGUAAAUAUGUGUUGAAAUCAAAUGUAAUAAAUGAAAGGACGAUUUCUCUUUU